CUCUGAAGCAUCUGUCACAGAACAAAAUUUUUAAAAAUAAAAACAAAAACAGAAGAGGAGAAACGCUGCGAACUAUGGAACGCUGUAAAACUUUCUGAAACAUUUGCUGGGGAUUCCUGUGGAGCAUGAUAUUUUAAAACCAAUUCGUUUUGAAGCCGGUUUGGGUAACUGGGAAAAUGAUACAUAUGCUAAAUGCAGCAGCUGAUCGAGUGAAAUGGACCAGAUCAAGGGCUGCUAAAAGGGCUGCCUGUGUGGUAGCUGCAGCAUAUGCUCUGAAAACCCUCUAUCCCAUCAUUGGCAAGCAUUUAAAGCAAUCUGGCCACAGGAAGAAAAAAGGCGCUUACCCGGCUGCGGAGAACAGAGAAAUACUGCAUUGCACCGAGGCCACUUGUAAAAAACCUUCGCCUGGAGUGAAUGCAGAUUUUUUCAAACAGCUACUAGAACUUCGGAAAAUUCUCUUUCCAAAACUUGUGACCACUGAAACAGGAUGGCUUUGCCUCCACUCGGUAGCACUAAUUUCAAGAACCUUUCUGUCUAUUUAUGUAGCAGGUUUGGAUGGAAAAAUUGUGAAAAGCAUUGUGGAAAAGAAGCCUCGGACUUUCAUCAUCAAGUUAAUCAAGUGGCUUAUGAUUGCCAUCCCUGCCACCUUUGUCAACAGUGCAAUAAGGUACUUGGAGGGCAAAUUGGCCUUGGCCUUCAGAACUCGCCUAGUAGACCAUGCUUAUGAGACCUAUUUUGCAAAUCAGACUUAUUAUAAGGUGAUCAAUAUGGAUGGGAGACUGGCAAACCCUGACCAGUCUCUUACUGAGGAUAUUAUGAUGUUCGCGCAGUCAGUGGCUCACUUAUACUCCAAUCUGACCAAACCUAUUUUAGAUGUAAUCCUGACCUCCUAUACACUUAUCCAGACUGCUACAUCCAGAGGAGCAAGCCCAAUUGGGCCCACUGUUUUAGCAGGGCUUGUGGUAUAUGCCACUGCUAAAGUGUUAAAAGCCUGCUCUCCCAAAUUUGGUAAAUUGGUAGCUGAAGAAGCUCAUAGAAAAGGCUAUUUGCGGUACGUGCACUCCAGAAUCAUAGCCAAUGUUGAAGAAAUUGCCUUUUACAGAGGACAUAAGGUAGAAAUGAACCAACUCCAGAAAAGUUACAAAGCUUUAGCAAAUCAGAUGAACCUCAUUUUAUCCAAACGUUUGUGGUACAUCAUGAUAGAGCAGUUCUUGAUGAAGUAUGUUUGGAGCAGCAGUGGACUGAUUAUGGUGGCUGUACCUAUUAUCACUGCAACUGGCUUUGCAGAUGGUGUUUUUAAUUUGCUUUUAGAUCUAGAGGAUGGUCAGAAACAAGCUAUGGUUAGUGAACGGACAGAAGCCUUUACCACUGCUCGAAAUUUAUUGGCUUCUGGAGCUGAUGCUAUUGAAAGGAUUAUGUCUUCAUACAAAGAGAUAACUGAAUUAGCAGGCUAUACUGCUCGAGUAUACAACAUGUUUUGGGUUUUUGAUGAAGUAAAAAGAGGCAUUUAUAAGAGAAAUGCUGUCUUGCAAGAGUCUGAAAACCAUAGCAAGUGUGGAACUAACAUAGAAUUACCCCUCAGUGAGACGUUGGAAAUCAAAGGAAAAGUUAUUGAUGUGGAGCAUGGAAUUAUUUGUGAAAAUGUUCCCAUAAUUACACCAACGGGAGAAGUGGUGGUUUCCAGUCUAAACUUCAAAGUAAAAGAAGGAAUGCAUCUUUUGAUAACUGGUCCCAAUGGUUGUGGGAAAAGUUCUCUCUUCAGAAUUUUAAGUGGGCUCUGGCCUGUAUAUGAAGGAGUCCUAUAUAAACCACCUCCACAACAUAUGUUCUAUAUUCCACAAAGGCCAUACAUGUCUCUUGGAAGUCUUCGAGAUCAAGUAAUUUAUCCAGAUUCAGUGGAUGACAUGCAUGAUAAAGGCUAUACAGAUCAUGAUCUAGAUUGUAUUCUACACAGUGUUCAUCUCUAUCAUAUCGUUCAACGAGAAGGAGGAUGGGAUGCUAUUAUGGACUGGAAAGAUGUCUUAUCAGGAGGGGAAAAGCAAAGAAUGGGCAUGGCUCGCAUGUUUUAUCAUAGACCAAAAUAUGCAUUGCUAGAUGAAUGCACCAGUGCUGUCAGCAUUGAUGUUGAAGGAAAGAUAUUUCAGGCUGCAAAAGGAGCUGGAAUUUCCUUACUUUCUAUAACACACAGGCCUUCACUUUGGAAAUACCACACUCAUUUAUUACAGUUUGAUGGUGAAGGAGGUUGGCGCUUUGAACAACUGGAUAGUGCUAUUCGUUUAACACUAAGUGAAGAAAAACAAAAGCUAGAAUCUCAGCUAGCCGGAGUUCCCAAAAUGCAGCAGAGACUCAAUGAACUAUGUAAAAUUUUGGGAGAAGACUCAGUGCUGAAAACAAUAAAAAAUGAAGAUGAAACAUCCUAAUUUAUUCUGAUAUGUUUUAAAUGUUAAUUUUUAGUUAAAGGCUCAGAGACAUGGUUACAGUUCAUGCAUUGCAUUAAGCUAAGCCCAGAGGGAAAAAAGGCAGCAAGAAAUGUUUUAUGUUUUUAGCAUCAAGGAAAUAUAUGAGCUGACUUUUCAGAAGAAAAUAAGCAAAUGCAUAUGUAAGAUUAGUCAUUAUGGCUUAUACUAAUUCCUAAUGAAAGACUAAUUCACAUGUAAAACAGGAUUUUCUAGGUGAGUUAGCAAAUUUGCUGUGUGUAUGUGAUGUGUCUGAAAUUCUUAAGAAACAUGAGACCUAUCUUGAGGAUGGACAACUUAAGAACAAUAUUUGGGUUGAAACCAUGUGCAUAAAAUUAGAAGUUUGAGUGAUAUUUUUGUCCAUUUAUGGUUGUUAGAUUUAACAGCUAGAAUUUAUGUUCCUUUUUUGAUAGUGGUCAACUAAACCUGUGUACACAAUAGUUUGAUCGGUAAUUUCAACAUGAAAAAAUUCUUUUAAUGACAGUGGUUGAAAGAAAGAAGCUAUGCUUCUUUUAUAUGUAAAAAAUGUCCUGUUUUUAAUUUUAAAUUUUGAGCAUCUCAACGUGGGCACGUUACAAGUUCAUUUUAAUGAGAAUCUUAUGUAUUUGUUAGUAAACUUUUUCAUUUUAAAAAGAGAAUUGCCAAUAUAGAAAAGGAGUAUCCAAACAAUGUUUGUCUCCGCCUAUUACUUUACUUGAAAGGAUUGUUUAUUGAAAAUUUUGUCCAGAAAUACUUAGCUUGUUUUUACAUUCAAAGGGUCCACCACAUUUUAAAAAUAGCAGUGCUAUAAGAAUAGAGAGAUUUUCAAAAUCAGAGUCGUAAUAUACAUUGAAAUAGUACUUUAUAAUUUGCAAUUUAUAAUAAUAUAAUUUACAAUCCUCAUUUACAUCAUUUCAUUUUAAUCCUUAUGGCAAACUUUUGAGGCAGAUAUUAUUUUUCCUAGUUUGCUUUUGGGAAAAUUGACACUCAUAUUUGCCCUAAUCAUGCAAAUUUAUUUAAGGGCAGAUCCCAGGCUCAAAUAAAGUUUUCCUGUUUCCCUGGUUCAGUGCUAUUUUCACUAUUAUCCUUGAAAUUCUACCGGGCUGUGAUAGCAAUAAAAGAUGAGAUGUUGUAAAAAGAAUAAAUUUAGUAAUGCUAGUAUUGUCAUUAUUUGAUUAUUGUCUGUAAAAUAUGGAAAUUAAGUAUAAAAUGGAAAGGUCACUGAUCUGUGGCUUAAAAUGGGGCAGGAAUGUCAGAAAAAUCUUUCAACAACUAUGCACACUUACUCAAUAUUAAUGUACCCCUACACCCAGCAACCAAAAGGGGAACUAUUAUGUCAAUUUAAUAUUUCUUGAACAUAAUGAGAAAUAAUCUGUAUGGAAUAGUCUUAUGAGGUAAAUCUUACAUAUUCAAUUGUCCUGAAGUUAAUAUGAAAACCAGGACUACCAUUUUAAUCUCUACUGCCUGUGUGGCCAUUGAUAGGCCAGGAAAAAUGGAAAUACUCAGUUGUUAGUAGUUUAGGAUUUCAUUUGCUUACUUAGACACAGCCAUAAUAGCUGCUAAGUCAGUGACUCUCAGACUUUUUCAACUUGUGGAAGACCUGGAUGUCAUUCAUGAUGCUUGGAAUAGAACGCCAUAACAUGUCACAUUUUCAGUUCUUUGACGCUGACAUUUUAAAUGAUCAAUAAGUGUAACCACCUUAGUUGAAAUAAUAUAAUAUAAAAAUCAAAACCAGUACAUCUAAGUUUUUCUGUUAGUAUCCUUAACUGCUCAUUUAUUCAUUUGUCAGUUACUACUACUUCCUAUUAGAAAAGUGAGGCAGGCAUCAAAGGUUUUAUAAAAAAUGUAUGGAACUAAAACUUGAGAAAUAUUAUUCAUUUAUCUAAAUUAUGUAUUAGUAGUCAUCCAGUUUAUAUCACUGUAGGGAAAAGUCUGGGGUGGUUAUCUGAACUUAAUUUUUAAAGGUAGAAGAAAAUGAAAACUUCUUAUUUGAAAUAUGUGCAUAAUUUUUAUGCCUUAAUUUUCUUAAUUUGAAAAUAAACCAUUUAG